AUGGUGGCUCAUCACCCUUCUAGAAGGUGCAGAAAGGGAAGUGCUAACAUACUUGUGAACUUUGACGAUUUAUACCCUUCAAAUAUAUCAUCAAUAAACAAAGAUGAAGUGGAUAAUAUCAUUGGACUUGAUGCUCUAAGCACUUUUCAAAUUUGUGGAAAACAAGUUCCACGUGGAUAUUGGAUGUUUUGUCGUGGUAGCAAGAAGGAUACUAGAGGCUUCAGUUGUGGGUUAUGGGCUCUAUUACAUUCACUUUCUGUAAGAGUAGAUGAUGAAGAGAGCCAGAUUGCCUUCAAAGCCACCUGUGAUUUUAUCCACAAGUUUUUCAUCUGUGAAGAAUGUAGUCAACAUUUUUAUAAAAUGUGCUCAAGUGUUUCUACUCCAUUAAACACAACCCGCGAAUUUGUCCUCUGGUUAUGGACAGUCCACAACAAAGUCAACGAAAGACUAAUGAAAACCGAAUCCCUUCUCGGAACCGGUGACCCCAAAUUUCCCAAAAUACCCUUCCCUCCAAACCAACUUUGCCCCUCAUGUUACUCCAAAAACCAAACCAAUGAAAACAAUUCUUCCAUAAACUGGGACCACAAUCAGGUGUUCAAAUUCUUACUUGACUACUAUGGGAACAUGCUUGUGUCUAGUUACAAAGACAAGGACACCGACAUCAUCAGCCACGUCAGCAUCACAAGCCAGGUGGACUCAGAUGAUUUGGUAUCGGGAACCGCGAUUGUGGUGCCAGUUGGCGCUGCCAUGGCCAUUGCGGUUGCCAGCUGUCUGUUUGGUGCGUUGGCGUACGUGUGGCGGUCGCGACAGAAGAACCGCAAGUAUUUCCACAAACCCGAGCUUUUAAAGAAUGUUUAAAUUAGUAGGAGUAGGAGAUGAGGGGUAGUUUGGGAAAUUGACGAGGGGAGAGAGAGAUUCGUGCAGAUACAAGUGAAAAAUCGGGAGUUUGAAUAGGAAAUGAGAUGAAAAGAUCGUUUUGGCUAGCGUAAUUGAACAUUUUUUUAUUUUAUAUAUACGCAUAACAUUGUAUGUACAUAUAUUUUUUUUUACAAAUAUACGCAUAAAAGUCGCC